AUGAAAAUCACCGAAAUUUCUACUAUGCGCCCGCUCACACGUUUCCCAACUACCGUGGCACUCUCCCUUGCGACAGCACUGUGGCCUACUGGCGCAGUCGCGGGAACCAACAUCAAUGGUGGGGAUGGCUACAGAAUUGGCGACGAGAUUCCAGUAUCCUGCCUCAAUCGGACAGUAGAAGGAGAACAUAUCACCGACAGUUUAGGAAGACUCCAAUAUAUCCCCUUCUUCACCUGCAAUGAAACAGCCCGCCCACUAUCUCUCCGAUAUGGCAUCUCCGAAACAAUCGCCUGCACCAUCCCCGAACUCUCCGACACGCUCUACCACCUCCUAGAGUUCUACGUGCACUCCGACGUGCCCAUGACCUGUCGCGUACCUACAUCCCCGCUCUCCGCGCCCCCAACCACAGUCGAUGGAACAGACUCGGAUUCCGAGUCGGGUGGUGAGAAGACAGACCCCUUCACCACGCUGAGCGAUAACGGACCCCCGUUCACUCCCAUCACGAUCGCCUUACAGGGUACCCUCCAGCUCAGUCAUCUCCACAUCUGGUCCGAUAUGAACAUGCUCAUGCACGACAUCGCUUCGGACCCGGCCGCACAACCGCAGCUGAGCCCUGCCAAAGGGAAUCAGCGAGGAAGCCAGAGCGGACAACCUGGCUACGUGAUUGCAGGCACGGCAUACUCUACACCCGAAUUCGAGGUUGCGGUCAAGAACGUCGUCUUGGACGAGGACGAAGAACCCGUAGCCGUUGCGCAGGGCGCGCGCGAGCCCUGGACACUUGGCCACGGGGCGAAAGUUAUUCGUGGUGAGCCGCUAACCUUCUCCUUCCACGUUGCGUGGCUGGAGGGCGGUGCUGGGAUCGGGUGGCCGGAGCGAUCUAAGACGGAAUCAUUCUUGGGUUUUGCUCUUGAUGGUGCUGCUGGUAGCGGUGCUGCUUCUCCGGGAUCUGGAUCUGCUUCAUUCUUCUCGCGCAUGCUGUUCUUUGUUAUGGCUGCUUCGGUGGGGGCCUUGGUUGCGCUUUACUGGGAGCGCAAUGGGCAGAGCUUUAGAGGGAAAGCUGGGUGGCGUGGAGAUGGAAUCUUGGGCGCGCCGCCUUCUCGCGGUACGGGCUCUAGUGUGACCUUUGGAAAUGGUGGACGCAACAAUGGAUACGGAGGUUACUCUGCGUCUACUACUGGCGCCGGUGCAAAUGGAAAUGGAAAUGGAAACGGUUCUGGGUACGGAGGAUAUGGAGGAUUCCCUACUGGAAAGAGGGAUUGA